AUGAAUAAAACAAGUUGUAAAUAUAUUGAAUUAAUAAAAAAAAGUCCAUUACAUUGGGAACUGGUUCUUAAUCGACCAGAUAAAUAUAAUGCAAUCAAUAGUGAUAUGUAUGAUAAUAUAACACAAAUAUUAAAUCAAGCAAAUAAAGAUGAACAAUUAAUUCUUCUUUCAAUAACUGGAAAAGGAAAAUUUUAUUCAUCCGGGACUGAUUUAACUGAUCCUGCGAAAUCUUUUUUAUCAGAUACAGCUGAUAUAGAAACAGCCAUGAAUGAAGGAAAAGAUCGUUUAAAAAAAUUUAUUGAAAGUUUUAUAAAUUUUUCGAAAAUUCUUAUUGCAUUUAUUAAUGGACCAGCUGUUGGAAUAUCUGUAUCAACAUUAGGAUUAUUUGAUGGAGUUUAUGCUUCAUCAUCUUCAACAUUUAAUUUACCAUUUACACGUACAGCACAAUCAGCUGAAGGUUGUUCAUCAUUUACUUUUCCAAAUUUAAUGGGUUCACUUCAUGCGAAAGAUAUUCUUUUAUUUGAUAAAAAAUUAAAUGCUCAAGAAGCACAACAAAGAGGAUUAGUUACACAAAUUAUUCAAAAGAAUUCUUUUGAACAAGAAAAAGAAAAAAUUUGUCAACAAAUUUUAUCAUUACCAAAAGGAAGUUUAUUGGCAAGUAAAGCAUUAAUACAAAAAUGGUAUAUUCAAAAACUUUAUGAAGUUAAUCAACAUGAACUUGAUACUUUAACACAACGAUGGACAACGGAAGAAUUUGUUGAAGCUAUUAUGAAAUUUGUCAAUAAAGGAACUAAAUCAAAAUUAUAA